GUCAAAAAAAAAAUUAUCUGUUUUUCGCCAUACAUGUUAUCAAUAAAUUCGCAAUGGGAGACGCGUUUGGUGACGAUCUAUUCAGUGUUUUUGAUGGUGAAACAUCUUCAAAAACUUCCAAAGAAACUACAGACUCAAAGAAUGAAUCAUCAAAGAGUAAUGAAGCUUUAGGCAGCUCUUCAAAUAAGAGACCUGCUGAGAGUUCAUCGACCUCUGACCCUGCAGAAGUCAAGAGGCCCAAAGUAUCUCUCAUCACAGAAGAACUCAAUUUGGCAGAGAUCCUACCCCAAGUGAAGACCCAUGAUGUGGAGUGUCUUGAGGGGUGUACUCAUGAAGUGGCCAUACCGAUCGAAGAAGAAUACAAACCUCUGGAACCAACCACUAAAAAAGCAGCAAAGGAUUAUCCAUUCAUUCUAGAUCCCUUCCAGAAGGAGGCCAUCAAAUGUCUUGAAAACAAUCAAUCGGUGCUGGUUUCUGCUCACACCUCAGCUGGAAAGACGGUCUGUGCAGAAUACGCUAUAGCCAUGUCUCUGAGAGACAAGCAGAGAGUGAUAUACACCACUCCGAUCAAGGCCCUGAGUAACCAGAAGUACAGAGAGCUGUUUGAAGAGUUCCAGGAUGUUGGUCUGAUGACAGGAGAUGUGACCAUCAAUCCAUCGGCUAGUUGCCUCAUCAUGACUACAGAGAUUUUACGUAGCAUGUUGUAUCGAGGGUCAGAGAUCAUGCGAGAGGUCGGCUGGGUCAUCUUUGAUGAGAUCCAUUACAUGAGAGACAAGAAUCGUGGUGUAGUUUGGGAAGAAACCAUCAUCCUCCUUCCAGACAAUGUCCACUAUGUGUUUCUAUCUGCUACCAUUCCUAAUGCUAAGCAGUUUGCAGAGUGGAUCUGCCACCUUCACAAGCAGCCUUGUCAUGUGGUAUACACCGAGUAUCGUCCUGUACCACUGCAGCAUUACAUCUUCCCAGCGGGAGGUGAUGGACUUCAUCUUGUCGUGGAUGAGAAGUGUGAGUUUCGUCAGGAUAACUUCAACGCUGCCAUGCAGGUCCUGAGAGACGGAGGAGAUGCGGCCAAGGGUGACCAGAGAGGGCGACGUGGAGGCACAAAAGGGCCCUCCAACAUCUUUAAGAUCGUCAAGAUGGUGAUGGAGAGAAGCUUCCAGCCUGUGAUCGUCUUCAGCUUCAGCAAGAAGGAAUGCGAGGCGUACGGCCUUCAGGUUUCCAAGCUCGACUUCAACACCCAGGAGGAGAAGACACUGGUGGUAGAGGUCUUUAACAACGCCAUGGAUUGCCUCUCGGAGGAGGAUAAAAAACUCCCUCAGGUUGAGAAUGUCCUGCCACUCUUGAAGAGAGGAGUAGGGAUACACCACUCCGGUCUUCUGCCUAUCCUGAAAGAGACCAUCGAGAUACUGUUCUCUGAAGGACUCAUCAAGGCUCUUUUCGCUACCGAGACCUUCGCCAUGGGUCUCAACAUGCCCGCCAGGACAGUGAUCUUCACCAAUCCACGCAAGUUUGAUGGCAAGGAUUUUAGAUGGAUUACAUCUGGUGAGUACAUUCAGAUGAGUGGGCGUGCAGGAAGGCGUGGUCUAGAUGACAGGGGCAUCGUCAUCCUCAUGAUCGAUGAGAAGAUGAGCCCUGGCGUCGGCAAGGACAUUCUCCAGGGUCAGCCGGACCCUCUGAACAGUGCCUUCCAUCUGACCUACAACAUGGUGAUGAACCUGUUGAGGGUCGAAGGCAUCAACCCAGAGUACAUGCUGGAGAGGUCUUUCUUCCAGUUCCAGAGCUACACAGCCAUUCCAGAGCUCUUUGAGAAGCUGCGGAAGCUGGAGGAGGAGUACAACACCAUGACGAUACCCCAGGAGGACAGCGUGGAGUCUUAUUACAAGAUCAGACAACAGCUUAAGAAGCUUGCCAAAGAGAUCCAGGCUUUCAUCACCAAGCCCAAAUACUGUCUGCCCUUCAUGCAGCCAGGCAGGUUACUCAAGGUAAAGAACGGCGAGGAUCUCUUUGGAUGGGGCGUGGUCGUGAACUUCCGGAGGAAAGCAAACCAGAAGAUGAACAACCCCAAAGACGACUCACCCCUCUACAUUGCAGAGGUCCUUCUCAACUGCUCCCAAGAGAGCGUCAAGAACGCAGCCUCGGAAUCGGCCAAGCCACCCAAGGAGGGCGAGAAAGGAGAGAUGACAGUUGUACCCAUAAUGCUUCACCUGAUCAGUGAGGUGAGCAGUGUCCGAGUCUACCUGCCCAAAGACCUAAGGCCUCCGGACAAUCGACAGAGCGUGGGCAAGUCAAUUCAGGAGGUCCAGAGAAGAUUCCCUGAUGGCCUACCCCUCUUAGACCCUGUGGAGGACAUGGGCAUUAAAGACGAGGCACUCAGAAAAGUGGUAGAGAAAGUAGAGGCUUUUGAGGAGAGAAUGUACUCACAUAAACUGCACACCGACCCUGAGUUAGAGAAGCUCUAUGGUCUGUAUGAGAAGAAAGCACAGCUUGCAGACCAGAUAAGGGAAGCCAAACGAGAGCUGAAGAAAGCCAGGACAAUCAUCCAGAUGGACGAACUCAAAUGCAGAAAGAGGGUCAUCAGGAGAAUGGGCUUUGCUACCCCAGCUGAUGUCAUCGAGACAAAGGGGCGUGUCGCUUGUGAGAUCAGCAGUGCUGAUGAGCUUGUGCUAACGGAAAUGAUUUUCAACGGUCUGUUUAACCCCCUGACUGCCGAGGAAUGUGUCACCCUGAUGAGCUGCUUUGUGUUUGAGGAGAAGAGCAAGGAGACACCUAAGCUCACCAGUCAGGUGGCAACAGCACUCAGACAACUCCAGGACACUGCCCGCAGGAUAGCCAAGGUGAGCAUGGAAGCCAAACUGGAGAUCGAUGAGGAAGACUACGUCAUGUCCUUCAAGUCGACCUUGAUGGAGGUGGUCUAUGCCUGGGCUUCAGGGGCCUCCUUCUCCCAGAUCUGCAAGAUGACAGACACCUUCGAGGGCAGCAUUAUCCGCUGCAUGAGACGUCUGGAGGAGCUCAUGAAGGAGAUGUGCCACGCGGCCAAGGCCAUCGGCAACACAGAACUGGAGAACAAGUUUGCAGAAGGAAUUGUCAAGAUCAAGCGUGACAUCGUCUUCGCUGCAAGUCUCUACUUAUAAAGCAAUGUAUAAAGCGAUCAAGCCCUGGUAGUACCACUCAUAGGAUUCCUUGUGUGGUCGAAUGCCACCAAGGACAGAACAUUGAAAGACAACCAGAAUACUAGAAAACUUUGAAGUUGGGAUAAACUGCAAGCAAGUUUCCAUGCAAGAUUGCUGACAAGGACAUUCUUUCCUGAACGAUGCCCUUCAAAUGCUGUCUGGUGUUAUGGACACUUAUAUUAGCAGAGAGUGACUCUUUUACUAUGUAAAGACUACUACAAUGUUUUUAAUUGGAUAUUACAAGAUGUGUGUCCUUUUAAAACUUUUUUUUCUCGAAUUCAGAUCAUGAUUCUGUCAGUUGAAAUUAAUAUUU